AUGAUUGAGUGGCAGAAGGACCAGUACGGGGCCAUCCUUGGAAAGAAGACACUUCUCGUCUCGUAUGGGGGUAACUGUCUUCGCAUAGUAUUCAGUCAAACCAGCUGCAAGAUGACUGUCAACUCUCCAGACUCACUGCAAGGAAACCAUGAGGAAGCAGAUACCCUUAUAGCAUUCCAUGCUGCCUCGGUCACUGGUAGUCUCCUCAUUCGAGCCUCGGACACUGAUGUCAUCCCCUACGAGCUGCUUGAGAACAACAACGAUGGGAAUUUGAUCAAGUUGUUUAGCAGUAUGUCAUCCAGAGAAGAACCAAGCCAAAAGAAAGCGGAGGAGUAUGUGUGUUCCCUGUAUGGAAUGAAGGACGUGAAGGAAGUGAAUCGAGCAAGGCACAACAAACUGGUUCAAAUGACAGGAAAAAUUAAUCAGGAAAACCCAAUGGCCAAUGUAAAAAAGGUUGACCGUGCGCUACUACUACCGUGUGGAAAAGCUCUGUCAAAUAAGACUCGCCGUGCACAUUAUGUGUCUAUUGUCUGGGAUAAUGCGGACUCUCCACAACCAGAUCAUGAUUUGGACCCACUGCAGUACGGAUGGAAGGAUGAACAUGGAUAUUACACACCUGAUUGGUAUCCUGGGCCUGCAGAACCUGACAACCUUUUUGGAGGUGAUCGUAGGAGUGAGGGAGUUGACAAUACUGAUGAAGACGCCGGCGGGCAAACUGAAGACUUGUAUGAUGAUGAUACUGACAAUGACACGGAUUCUGGACCAGAAUGGAGUGAUGACUCAGACAGCGAAAGUGAGAUAUAA